AGGAAGAUAAAUAUGGUCUUUACUCCAAUUUGUUGUUCAAGUAUUUUCUCGCAGAGGGAGUUGUCUGUGGACAUGACCUGUUUGUUGCUUCUGCUAAAGAGCAUCCUGACAACAUCUUAAAGGAACUUCCAGCCCCUUUGCUUGAUGAUACCUACAGAAAGGAACUGGGAGAAGAAGCAACAGCUGUUAAGUCUGAAGAUUGUCAGGAUUCUAUGAAAAUAGCCUGGCGCUACCAAAACUUACCAAAAAUGGAGCAGGCCAGCCCAGCAACAUCUACAAAGUUUGGCCAUUAUUAUGAUAUUUCUAAAACAAUGUCUCCAGAACUGUAUCAGUCCAUAAAAUGGCACAGUUUUUACCUUCCUGAAGAAUUGUCUUUACCGCCUGCAAUGAAAACAUGUAAUAUGAACCGUGCUUAUGCAAGGCUGCUUCAGUCCAUUCAGAGGAUCAUUAACCAGGAAGGGUUUGAUGGCUCUGAUCCCCAGAAAAAACAAAAGACUAUUUUGCGGAUAGGAAUUCAGAGUCUGGGUUCGCUGUUGUGGGGUGAUGACAUUUGUAGCAGCGAUACUCCUGAAGAUAUUCACAGCCUUACAAAAUUUCUGUAUGUUCUCCGUGGCCUCCUCAGAAAAUCUUUGUCAGCCUGCAUCAUCACAGUGCCCGCUCACCUUAUCCAGAAUAAAGCAAUUAUGGAACGUGUAACAAACUUGUCAGAUAUGGUAGUUGGUCUUGAAUCAUUUAUUGGCUCUGAGAGAGAAACCAAUCCAUUAUACAAGGAUUACCACGGCUUGGUUCAUGUACAUCAGAUUCCUCGGCUUAAUAGCUUGAUCUGUGAUGUGUCAGACACGAAGGACCUUGCUUUUAGAUUAAAAAGGAAGCUGUUCACCAUUGAGUGGGUGCAAGACAACUACUUGAGACAAGAGAGGAACAUUUAUCCUCCAGGCUUCUCAUACUUACUCAAGCAGAAAGACUCUGCAUGGGGAGAAGGUUCUUUACAGCAUUCCACAUUUUUAAUGAGCUUCCUUGCAAAGGCGCCUGCAUUUGCCUCCAGACUUGUCAGACACAGUGAGCCGCGCAAGCAAACAGGAUCUGGCAGAAUCCGCCAAACUGCUGAGCUCAGGAUGUGGUGCUAUGGCCAUCGGCAAGAAGCACCUGGACUUCUAGUGAUUUCUACUUAG